ACCCCCUCCUACACAUGUACACCAGUGGUGGUGGGUGCCAUUUAGGAUUAGGGAGGAGGAUUUUUUUAAUGAGCAUGGCCUUAUUUCUAUUACAUCAUAUUGGAUGAAUGUAAUUUAUAUUCUGUUCACGCCUCUCAAUGUAACAUUAAUAGGUUUAAUUUUCCCUAUACCCGUCAUGAGGUUGCUACAGCCUACAAAUUAAAGUUAAACAACGUAGGUGCACAGACAGUGAGACAUUCAUUACAUGCCUUACACAAUCUUGCCUGCAUCUAGCUGAUCUAGGGUGUAAUCAUUAGUCCAACAUUUGCAAACGAGAGUUUCUAUUAGACAAAUUCAGGUAUAUUUAUCCCAGUGGCGGUCAGUGCCGUUUAAGAUUAGGGAGGAAGAUAAUUUUUUUAAUGAGCAUGGCCUUAUUUCUAUUACAGAAACCCAGCCUAAAACCCCAAACAGCAAGCAAUGCAGGUGUAAAAGCACGGUGGCCAAAGAAAAACUCCAUAGAAAGGCCAAAACCUAGGAAGAAACCUAGAGAGGAACCAGGCUAUGAGGGGUGGCCAGUCCUCUUCUGGCUGUGCCGGGUGGAGAUUAUAACAGAACAUGGCCAAGAUGUUCGUAUGUUCAUAAAUGACCAGCAUGGUCAAAUAAUAAUAAUCACAGUAGUUGUCGAGGGUGCAGCACCUCAGGAGUAAAUGUCAGUUGGCUUUUCAUAGCCGAUCAUUAAGAGUAUCUCUACCGCUCCUGCGGUCUCUAGAGAGUUGAAAAUAGCAGGUCUGGGACAGGUAGCACGUCCGGUGAACAGGUCAGGAUUCCAUAGCCGCAGGCAGAACAGUUGCAACUGGAGCAGCAGCACGGCCAGGUGGACUGGGGACAGCAAGGAGUCAUUAUGUCAGGUCGUCCUGAGGCAUGGUCCUAGGGCUCAGGUCCUCCGAGAGAGAGAGAGAAAGAAAGAGAGAAUUAGAGAGAGCAUACUUAAAUUCACACAGGGCAUCGGAUAAGACAGAAGUACUCCAGAUAUAACAAACUGACCCUAGCCCCCCGACACAUAAACUAAUGCAGCCCACAAAGCCCACAAAGAUCUCCGCCACGGCACAACCCAAGGGGGGGGGCGCCAACCCAGACAGGACGAUCACGUCAGUGACUCAAACCACUCAAGUGAUGCACCACUCCUAGGGACGGCAUGAAAGAGCACCAGUAAGCCAGUGACUCAGCCCCUGUAAUAGGGUUAGAGAAAGAGAAUCCCAGUGGAGAGAGGGGAACCGGCCAGACAGAUACAGCAAGGGCGGUUCGUUGCUCCAGAGCCUUUCCGUUCACCUUCACACUCCUGGGCCAGACUGCACUCAAUCAUAGGACCUACUGAAGAGACAAGUCUUCAAUAAAGACUUAAAGGUUGAGACCGAGUCUGCGUCUCUCACAUGGGUAGGCAGACCAUUCCAAAAAAAUGGAGCUCUAUAGGAGAAAGCCCUGCCUCCAGCUGUUUGCUUAGAAAUUCUAGGGACAAUUAGGAGGCCUGCGUCUUGUGACCGUAGCGUACGGGUAGGUAUGUACGGCAGGACCAACUCGGAAAGAUAGGUAGGAGCAAGCCCAUGUAACGCUUUGUAGGUUAACAGUAAAACCUUGAAAUCAGCCCUUGCCUUAACAGGAAGCAAGUGUAGGGAGGCUAGCACUGGAGUAAUAGGAUCAAAUUUUUGGGUUCUAGUCAGGAUUCUAGCAGCCGUAUUUAGCACUAACUGAAGUUUAUUUAGUGCUUUAUCCGGGUAGCCGGAAAGUAGAGCAUUGCAGUAGUCUAACCUAGAAGUAACAAAAGCAUGGAUACAUUUUUCUGCAUAAUUUUUGGACAGAAAAUUUCUGAUUUUUGCAAUGUUACGUAGAUGGAAAAAAGCUGCCCUUGAAACAGUCUUGAUAUGUUCGUCAAAAGAGAGAUCAGAGUAACGCCGAGGUCCUUCACAGUUUUUAUUUCAGACGACUUUACAACCAUCAAGAUUGAUUGUCAGAUUCAACAGAAGAUCUCUUUGUUUCUUGGGACCUAGAACAAGUGAAAACAAUAGUGGUCCUAAAACGGAACCUUGAGGAACACCGAAAUGUAUAGUUGAUUUGUCAGAGGACAAACCAUUCACAGAGACAAACUGAUAUCUUUCCGACAGAUAAGAUCUAAACCAGGCCAGAACUUGUCCGUGUAGACCAAAUUGGGUUUCCAAUCUCUCCAAAAGAAUGUGGUGAUCGAUGGUAUCAAAGGCAGCACUAAGGUCUAGUAGCACGAGGACAGAUGCAGAGCCUCGGUCUGACGCCAUUAAAAGGUCAUUUACCACCUUCACAAGUGCAGUCUCGGUGCUAUAAUGGGGUCUAAAACCAGACUGAAGCAUUUCGUAUACAUUGUUUGUCUUCAGGAAGGCAGUGAGUUGCUGUGCAACAGCUUUUUCUAAAAAUGUUGAGAGGAAUGGAAGAUUCGAUAUAGGCCGAUAGUUUUUUAUAUUUUCUGGGUCAAGGUUUGGCUUUUUCAAGAGAGGCUUUAUUACUGCUACUUUUAGUGAGUUUGGUACACAUCCGGUGGAUAGAGAGACGUUUAUUAUGUUCAACAGAGGGCCAAGCACAUGAAGCAGCUCUUUAAGUAGUUUAGUUGGAAUAGGGUCCAGUAUGCAGCUUGAAGGUUUAGAGGCCAUGAUUAUUUUCAUCAUUGUGUCAAGAGAUAUAGUACUAAAACACGUAAGUGUCUCUCUUGAUCCUAGGUCCUGGCAGAGUUGUGCAGACUCAGGACAGCUGAGCUUUGGAGGAAUACGCAGAUUUAAAGAAGAGUCUGUAAUUUGCUUUCUCAUGAUCAUGAUCUUUUCCUCAAAGAAGUUAAUGAAUUUAUUACUGCUGAAGAGAAAGCCAUCCUCACUUGGGGAAUGCUGCUUUUUAGUUAGCUUUGCGACAGUAUCAAAAAGACAUUUUGGAUUAUUCUUAUUUUCCUCAAUUGAGUUUGAAAAAUAGGAUGAUCGAGCAGCAGUGAGGGCUCUUCGAUACUGCACGGUACUGUCUUUCCAAGCUAGUCGGGAGACUUCCAGUUUGGUGUGGCGCCAUUUCCGUUCCAAUUGUCUGGAAGCUUGCUACAGAGCUCGGGUAUUUUCUGUAUACCAGGGAGCUAGUUUCUUAUGACAUGUUUUUAGGGGUGCAACUGCAUCUAGGUUAUUGCGCAAUGUUAAAUUGAGUUUCUCAGUUUGGUGGUUAACUGAUUUUUGUCCUCUGACGUGCUUGGGUAGGCAGAAGGAGUCUGGAAGGGCAUCAAGGAAUCUUUGUGUUGUCUGAGAAUUUAUAGCACGACUUUUGAUGCUCCUUGGUUGGGGUCUGAGCAGAUUAUUUGUUGCGAUUGCAAACGUAAUAAAAUGGUGGUCCGAUAGUCCAGGAUUAUGAGGAAAAACAUUAAGAUCUACAACAUUUAUUCCAUGGGACAAAACUAGGUCCAGAGUAUGACUGUGGCAGUGAGUAGGUCCAGAGACAUGUUGGACAAAACCCACUGAGUCGAUGAAAGCCUUUUGGAGUGGGUCUGUGGACUUUUCCAUGUGAAUAUUAAAAAAUUAGAAUAUUAUCUGCUAUGACUACAAGGUCCGAUAGGAAUUCAGGGAACUCAGUGAGGAACGCUGUAUAUGGCCCAGGAGGCCUGUAAACCUGGCCUGUAAACAGUAGCUAUAAAAAGGGAUUGAGUAGGCUGCAUAGAUUUCAUGACUAGAAGCUCAAAAGACGAAAACGUCAUGUUUUUUUGUGUAAAUUGAAAUUUGCCAUCGUAAAUGUUAACAACACCUCUGCCUUUCGGGAUGCACGGGGGAUAUGGUCACUAGUGUAACCAGGAGGUGAGGCCUCAUUUAACACAGUAAAUUAAUCAGGCUUAAGCCAUGUUUCAGUCAGGCCAAUCACAUCAAGAUUAUGAUCAGUGAUUAGUUCAUUGACUAUAACUGCCUUUGAAGUGAGGGAUCUAACAUUAAGUAGCCCUAUUUUGAGUUGUGAGGUAUCACGAUCUCUUUCAAUAAUGUCAGGAAUGGAGGAGGUCUUUAUCCUAUUGAGAUUGCUAAGGCGAACACAGCCAUGUUUAGUUUUGCCCAACCUAGGUCAAGGCACAGACAGUCUCAAUGGGGAUAGCUGAGCUGACUACACUGACUGUGCUAGUGGCAGACUCCACUAAGCUGGCAGGCUGGCUAACAGGCAGGCUGACCACCCUAUUUCAUUGUGGAGCUAGAGGAGUUAAAGCCCUGUCUAUGUUGGAAGAUAAGAUGAGAGCACCCCUCCAGCUAGGAUGGAGUCCGUCACUCCUCAGCAGGCCAGGCUUGGUCCUGUUUGUGGGUGAGUCCCAGAAAGAGGGCCAAUUAUAUACAAAUUCUAUCUUUUGGGAGGGGCAGGAAACUGUUUUCAACCAGCGAUUGAGUUGUGAGACUGCUGUAGAGCUCAUCACUCCCCCUAACUGGGAGGGGGCCAGAGACAAUUACUCGAUGCCGACACAUCUUUCUAGCUGAUUUACACGCUGAAGCUAUGUUGCGCUUGGUGACCUCUGACUGUUUCAUCCUAACAUCGUUGGUUAUAACAAUAUCUCUAUACUCUCUACACUCGCCAGUUUUAGCUUUAGCCAGCACCAUCUUCAGAUUAGCCAGAUUAGCCUAAUAUCAUUGCCAUCAUAUUAGCUAAAGUAACGUCAUAGUCAACAUACCUAAUAGAACUAACGUGUUAGUGAACCUGCUACAAUAAUGCAGUAUUGUUAGUGUACUGUCAGUAAGCCGUUUUGCACCUAAACCCACGGGCCACGGUGGCAAUAAAUUAGUAAAACCAAAAGCUUCCCUUAACACUGGAAAUCUUCCAAGUCGUGUUGGAUAGUCAUAGCCAGCUAGCUAACAUAGCAUCCCUCUGUCUGAGCAGGGUGUUUGAGUAGGCUAAACUAGAUAGCUGCAUUUGCUAGCCAAGUGAAACUGAAAGUGAUUUUUUUUGGACUGUAUCUUGCUUCUCCAUUUUGGAAGAAAUGAAUUUAACUGUUCAACUAUUGUCUUUCUCUUUUUGAGUCAACCACUCACCACAUGUUAUGCACUGCAGUGCUGGCUAGCUGUGUCUUAUGCUUUCAGUACUAGAUUCAUGCUCUGAUCCUUAGAUUGGGUGGGCAUAUCAGUUCAUGCUGCAAGAGCUCAUAAUUACUGUGUAAGUCUAUGGAAGGGGAUGAGAACCAUGUGCCUCCUAGGUUUUGUAUUGAAGUCAAUGUACCUAUGGUGCUACCCUACAGAGUGAUGUUGAGCCUACUGUAGACCUUCAUUGCAAAAUAUGAUGUUUUAAUCAAUUAUUUGGUGACAUGAAUAUAUUUAGUAUAGUUUUAUCUAAAAAGGAUAACUAAGUGUUUUACUAUUUUUUUUGUUUAUCACUGAGGAGGAUGGUCCUCUCGUUCCUCAUAUGAGGAGCCUCCACUGACGUGCACAUGUUCACCACCAUGAGUCUAUUUGACUGAAUCUAAGUCUAUUUGAGUUAUUCUUCUCUUAUAUAUAUGUAUUUAAUUUUAAAAAAAAUGUGGGUUUUAUUAAGAUAGGACAGUGGUGAGGAGACAGGAGAGAUUGAGAGUCAGAAGGGCAGUGGGUCUGAUUUGAAUCCAUGACUACUCUGGUAGGAUAUACAAUACAUGUUUGCUGGGGUCCACGGCACUAAUCGCUGAACCACACCGGCCAUACCGAUUUAUAUUCUUAGCUGAAUCAAAACCCAAAACCUGAGCUCUCUCAAGUCAGUCAGACAUCCAUCACAAAAUAAGAAGGGAACAGAGGACUGAUCUGCGGAAAGAUAGGAAAAGGGGAAAGACCGAUGGGAAAGGUGAAGGACGGUUAGGAAAAGGAUGGGCUAGGGGAAGGACGGAUGGGGAAAAGGGGAAGGAACUGUAGCUCAGUUAGUAGAGCAUGGCUCUUGCAAAACCAGGAUAGUGGGUUUGAUUCCCGGGAUCACCCAUAUGUAACAAAUGUAUGCAUGCAAAUGGAAUAUAUUACUAAUUUAUAAAAUGUCAGUGUUCCCUUUUUUACCUUUUUAUGUGGCUUGGUGAAAAUAAGCCCCUACCUACCCAAGUCUGGAUAUACAACUGCCCUGUUUAUUUUGGAUUCUUAGAAAGAGGGAUACAUGGGAGAGGAGGAGGCUGCAGCGCCAUCAGUGUAUUGAUCCAAGCCGGCAUGUGGCACAAAUCACAUGUCCCUGAGAAUACUUUAUAUGUUUGGCCUAGAUAGGGUGCGUCCCAAAUGGCACCCUACUCCUUAUAAUAGUGCAUCUUCAGAUUCUGGCAUGCAGCCUCGUGUUCUCUUUGAUCCUUCCUUACAUGAAUCCCCUGUUCAAAGACUCCGUUACCUCAGCUCUAAACAGCUGCACUGAACAAUAAACCAACAAUUACUGCUGGCUGUCGCAACCCUGGCAGUCAUGCAAAGGAAGAACUCUUGCCUUGAACCGACCCGAACAGUCUCUCUGAAGUGUGCUUCAAAGCGGCACCUCGUGCACUCUUCAUCUGAGAGAAUUUCUCUUUACUUCUCUCUGGUACCCCAUACCUUUUUUAUGAGUCUCAUGUGUUCUCCAUCAUUAUUAAGCUUUUUGUGACUUGUUCUAACAUAUUAUCGGCAUAAAUAUGGCUUUGUAUUGCAACACCCACAAGUCAUGUUAGGUCGUUCCACAAAAUCAGUGCCUUUUGGGUAGUGUAAUUUGGUGGGGGGGAAAAAUAAAUCUUCACAUAAUUUUAACAUUGUAAUUUUCCAUCUCAAGAGGUUAAAUUUAAAAAAGGACUAAAGUAAGUGCCAAAUAAAUUAUGAGUUGACAGGUUGAUUUAAUUUUAAAGGCCCAAUGCAGCCAUUUUUAAUUCAAUAUCAAAUCAUUUCUGGGUAACAAUUAAGUACCUUACUGUAAUAGAUUUAAAUGAAAAUGGACAAACCUAUUUCUCAAACAAGAGAUUUGCUAGGAGUGGUCUGAGUGGGGAGGGGAAAACUACAAAAUACCUAUUAUUGGCAGAAAGGCUUGGAACAAAAAAAUUGUAUUGGUCUAUUAACCAAUUUACCGCAUGGUGAUGUCACCAUGGAAAGCCAAAACUACCACCCAUGCGAACCUGCUGAUUAGAAGCUCAUGUGUAGAUUGUAUUUUCAAGCAGCAACUAUCGGAAAAUAACACAUACACUUUUACAAUGUGUGUUUCAUCAGCUGUUGUACAAUAUGAUACAAAACACAGUAAUACUAUAUGAUACAAAAUGUAGAAAAAAAUGCAUUUUGACUGCACUGGGCCUUUAAAUCAGCCAUAAAUCAACCUUGUGAAAGGGGGAAUGGAAGAAAGUUAGCAAGUCUGUUUCAUGAUUUAUUGGAUUUUCUAUGUUGUACACUCAAAAAAAUGUUGGGUUCAACAAGGGUUCUUCUAAGUUCUUCGAAGAACCUUAGGGUUCUUGACACUGAAAAUGGCAUCCAAAAGGUUCUUCCAAGAAGCCCAUAGGUGGGGUUCAUCGAGGAACCUCAGUCGAGGAACCUCCUUAACUGCUCAACUGAAACAAAUUCGAUUUGAAAGGACAGCAGGUGCAGGCACUUAACUGAAAAAUAUCCUCAGUUUAAGGUAAGGUUUGUCCCUUGUAUGACCUAUAUUUAUAUUGUUUUAUGAUGAUACCAUCUAUCUUUUAUAUUUGUGACAAUCUUUCUAAAACAGACAAUGGACACAAUUCAAUGGAUAUCAAUCAACAAAAAAGUAAGAAUAUGUAGGCUAUGAGAACAUGUUGAAGGCUAUAAGAAUAUGUCGGCUAUAAGAAUAUGUUGAAGGCUAGCUGUAUUGCGUGCAGAUGCCUGAACUGCUCACCUUUUGUGUCUGUAUCUGCAGGUAUACGAGGAGGCAUAAAAAGGUGGUGAUGGAGUCUGAGGAGCCAGAGCUGAGGGAGUGUGAUGAAGCCUUUGAGUCAGAUGAAGGCAAUGUGGAGUCUUACCUGGAAGAGCCAGAGAGCAGCAGGGAGCUCCUGGAGAGGCUCAAGGAGCUGGAGGCUGAGAAUUCCACCCUGGCCCUUGCGAAUGAAAGCCAGAGAGAAGCAUAUGAAAGGUGUCUGGAUGAGGUGGCCAACCACGUGGUACAGGCCCUUCUGAAUCAAAAGGACCUGCGGGAGGAGUGUAUUAAGCUGAAGAUGCGUGUGUUUGACCUGGAGAGACAGAACAAAACCCUGACUGAGCUCUUUGCCCAGAAACUACACCCCCAGGCCAGCCAUCUGCAACAGUUGCAGUUGGUGUCUGUCUCAGAGCACAGCACAGAGCCCAGCACAGAGCCCCUGACCAUGGACAGUGACAAAUUGCUGGUGUCCAAAAACCAGGGGGGACUCAAGAGCAAUGGGGACCGCACACAGAACGGGUCAGCCGCAUCGGCCCGGGCCACCUCCAUGGAGGCCCUGUCUCCGUUUUUCAAGAAGAAAGCACACAUCCUAGAGGUCCUGCGCAAGCUGGAGGAGUCAGACCCACUCAAGUUCCACCCCUCCUCCUGCCUGUCCCCCCACCAUGACCUGGGCCAGGCGCUGGUCUCCAUGGAGAGAGACCAGAUAUCCCUGAUGUCCUCUGAGGCGUUACCUGCCCCACAGCCCCCGGUGGCACACCCAUCGUCACGCUGCCACCACUCCAGCUCUGACUCAGACAUUCGCGAUUAUGCCAAUGGAGAAGGGGCUCUCCAGGAGGACCAUGCCCAGCAUCAGCAACAACAACACGGGGGCUGUCAGUCCUGCCACAUACUCUCCCAGAAGAGCAGCCUGGACAGCCUGCUGAAGUGUGCCCAGGGCCACGGUGCCUCACACCAGGCCAGAGUGGAGAUCCUUAACAGGCAGGCCUGUGCAGAGGACCAGGGGGCAUUGGCACAGAGCACAAGCCCUCCCCAGGCAGCGGCUCUUUCCCACCUCCUCUCUGCUGACAGCACAAACCAGUGCUACAUGCACAAAACAGCUUUGGACUUUCUAGAGCGCACUCCAGAAGGUCUGGGUUCUUCUGAUCCUUUCCUCUCCUUGCUAAUCCAAGCCAACCUCAACGGGAUGCUAGGGCAGGAGCCCAGGAAGUUACAAAAACACACAGACAAGCAGCCGUCCGGCAAGGUACAGCCCUCUCACAGUGAGGAUAUAAAGCACAUAAAGGCUGUCAUGGCAACGUCGCAGAGCCAGAACGAGGACAGUCCGGAAGAGUGCUGCUACCUGGAAGUAGAGGCAGCGGCACACAAUGUGAACAACAGCCUGCGCUCUUCUACCUCACACACAGACCAUGUUGAGACUGAACCAGGAUAUCCUAAGGAGCAGGAAGUGAGUGAUCAGAUCUGCAACGGGCUCUACUUCUCCAAUGAAACGUCUGUCUCCAAGAAGGUGGUGGUGGAAUCUUACUCUCCAGCCCCAGUGCCUGAGAGGAACAGCUCAGCUCAGGCCCUGCAUCCCUCUGGGAAGAGCAAGCUUGCACUCAGCCCCACCUCUCUCUCCUCAGGUCUGAGUGAAGUCAAGCCCUCCCCUAUCUCCUCCCCGUCCCGGCUGCUCAAGUUCCUGAAGAUCCCUCCGGGGAUCAACCAGGCACAACCAGGCAACCCCCUCCGUCUAAGUCCCCAGCUCACCCGCAGCUCCAAGAUCCCCUGCAGGAACAACAACAACUAUGAGGUGUACCACUCUCCCAUCCUGACCCGCAAAGCCACCACCACAGAGAGGGAGAAGCAGCCAUCCUCAUCCUCCUCCAAAACAGACCCCUACCCUGCCACACACUCCGCCCCCACCUCCCCACCCAAAUCAGAGGACAUUGUGGACACCCCUCCCAUGGCCAAGGAGAUUGCUUUCAGCAGCCACUUUGUGCCCAAACCCAGCAUCAGCACAAAGGCACCCCCCUCCUCUCAUGCACAAAGGGGCUCUCAGAAGGUACCCCAAUAUGAGAAUGUCUGCCCCUCAGAUGGGACGCCCCAGUUCCUGGAGGAUCUUAAGAUGUCCCAAUACCUCCCUUACCCUCAACCCGAGGGUCCUGUAGAGAAGCAGUGUCAGCAAGAUGAGAACCUCCUCAGCCCCCCGUCUUCACAGCACCCUGACUCGUCCCCAGGGACGGCUGACCAGAACUUCUCUGACCAGGACACUGACUCAGAAAGCCCCGUCUGGCACAAGCCAAACCAACACUUCAGCCUCCCCUCCUCGUCCUCCUCCGCCGUCAGUAAAAUAAAAGCACACAGUAGUCACCCCAGCUACUCCAGCAUGAGAGACGGGCACCAGGAGCACCGUGCAGCUCCGGAGCCCAGCCAACAGAACUGUGAACCUGCCCAGCCAACCCAGUGUUCAGCCAGGCGAGGUGACCCCAAGAGACUGGUGCGGGGCAAGACUCCCCAGAGUGAGUCCAGUCACCAGCCCUUCAAAGAGCGCCUGGCUGCUUUGGGGAAAAUGAAGAGCACAGAAGAUCUGCCAGUAGGUGCACAGUCCGUGGACAAGAAGGAUGCACAAAGUAACCUAGGUAAACCCCCCACCAACAAUAUUGAGAAAAGCAAGACCGCUGAAAGGCAAGGUGAGAGAACUGGAGCAGAGCAGCACAGAAAUCAGAAAUCCACUGAUUCCCUGGAUGGGAAGCCCUACCCCAAAACCAGCCUCGGCAGUCACACUAGGGGGAUAGGUCCAAUACAUGAAUCGGGCACCAAAUCCUCAGCCACCCCAGCAUUGAUACCCAAGGGCGAGCAGGAGACACCGUUUUCUCCCAGGAUAUAUGUAGCAAAAGCAGAGGGUCCAAAGAUCAAGAUGGGCACAUCAUCCUCCAACACAGAGACUCCUCCAGUGGUUCGCAGCUAUGGGAAAUGCCCCAUCACCCAGAGCCACCACAGUAAAACUGCCCCCAGCCCACAAAACAGCCCCACUAAAGUCCCGUCAAAGUCCCCUUCAAAGGUAGGUCAAGCUUCCUCUUAUCCCAGAGGGGUCAAACCCAUUCCUGAGGACCGUGCCCUGGCUCACAGAAACCCACAUCGGCCGGAAGACAAAACCAAGCUCCCGGCCGGCAAGAAGAAGACCUUUGGCCAUGCAGAGAGCUUUCCGCCUCCCCCUCCUCUGCCACCACGGCCAUCUACUGAAGCCAUCGCAAAAGAGGACAAAAAGCCGUACUCGUCUGGCCCACCCGUGCUCCAGUCUGCCAUUGAGCAGAAGGUGAUGCGUGGCAUCAAGGAAAACAUGCUGAAGCUGCAGGAGCAGGACCAGGGCCAGGUGGCCGAGCCAAAGCAGAAGGCCUCCAAUGGCAUCGCCAGCUGGUUCGGCCUGAGAAAGAGCAAGCUCCCCGCCCUCAACCGCAAACCGGAAGUGUCCAAGUUCAAGAUCAACAUAUCCUCAUCUCUUUCGUCAUCGUCUGCCUCUGGCGGAGGGGCUAAGGACCCUAAGACAGGUGGUCCCCAGAAGGUGGUGGAGAGCCUGAACAUCUCCAAGCUGAUGGAGAAGGCAGAGGACCUGCGGAAGGCGCUGGAAGAGGAGCGGGCAUAUGUGAACAGGGUCGGGAUGGACCUCUCUGGCAGAGGCCACUCUUGUGAGGUGGUGAUGGACCAGACCCAGGGCCAACUGUCACUCAUGUACAGAGGAAUGACCGCAGAGAACUUCAUGCAGCAGCUCCUCAACAGUCCCUCGACGUCUUGUUCUGGAAACAGGGUGGAAGAAAGGGGAGCUAUACCUGCCACCUUUGGAAUGACACACAGACGCCUCUCCUUUGACUCUAAGAGGUCGCGGCCCAACUUCAGUCACCAGAGGAACGGGAUCAGCCACACCAAGAGCAGGGACGAGAUGGCCCAGGGUUCAGUUAUGAUCGGCAAGGAUGAGGUCACAUCAGAAGAGAGCUUGGCAGAGUCCAUUAGUUCUCAGCAUUUUACAGGUUCUGGGGCCUCCAUGCGCACCCUCGACAGUGGCAUUGGCACGUUCCCCAUGCCAGACUACGCCAGUAGCAUGGCAGGGAAGAGCAUCCCUAAGGGGAAGCCACAGGCAGAGCAAGGGUUUUCUUGCUCACAGGGGAAACAUGUGGCCAUGAUGAAGGUUCCGCGUAAGGCCCAUACACUGGAGAAAGAGCUGUCAUCUCUGGAUGAAGUCAACCCGUUUGUCCUGUAUGACUCAGGGCUGGAGGGAAAAGGUACCAACAUGCACCUGUCCAGUACAAUCCACGAGGAAAUAGAUGCCUACGGAGCUCAUAUGCAAAAUCCCCUCACCAAGAACUGGACCUUUCCCAAUCUGAAAGGCUCUGCGGGAGCCACUGAUGUUUACCUGGAUGUGCAGGGAGACCUGGGGACCCCAUCUAGAAGGAGUUUGAAACAGUGUGCCCCCCAGCGCCCCCUGGCCACUGACCCAGGCAGCCUCCCCCUGCCACUCCAGACAGGGCUCAGCCGGCGGGGUAAGGGGAGGACGCCCAGCGCCUCGGAGGUGGGGAAGGACGGAGGGCUGGAGCUGGUGAAGGAGAGACCAGAGGACCUCCAGUCCCUGAGAGAGACGCCUGAAUCCCUCAGUGACUCCCUCUACGACAGCCUGUCCUCCUGUGGCAGCCAGGGCUAGGACCCAGGGACAGAUAGGGGAGCAGAGGGAGAGAUGGACCAACCGACACCCUUUAAACUACGGUUAAUGAUGCACGUCCAUCCCUCCUUGUGAUGGUGGCCCAGCCCAUAAGGCAAAGGCAGACCAAGUUGAAGUACCUCCGUCCCUCUUCCACACACACCGCUCUCUCUGCUGUCCCUGUCUACUUUGCUGAGAUUUGAUUAGUACUGCUGGAAAACUCACCCUCAGGUUGACUGAUGUUCACACACACACACCAUUUGUGGAACUAGACUGAGAAUUGGUCACUGGUGUUCUCCAAGAAACAAGCAUCUGAUGACAGACCAGCUCAACUCAAAUGUACACAAUGAUGAGAUGCAUGGGAAAAUAGCACCUCGUUCGAGACAGCCACACAAUCACCAUGGUCUGGAUAAUCUGAAGAAUUGUUGUUAAAUAAUUUAACCAGGCUCCUGAAGUCGGCCCCAAGAAGUGGCUGGUAUCAGGGGUUUUUCAAGUCUGUCCUGGAUGUGGACAUGUUUCAGUCAUGGAAAACUGGCCAGCCAUUAAUGCCAGAAAACAACCACAUUUUACUGCCCACCAAAUAUGUCGCAAUGUGGGGAUCGACUAUAAUAGACUUCCCUGUUUUCAGUUAUGUUCUUUUUUUAACUGUUGUGCUUUGUUACAUGUUAUAUAUCAUGUAAUUUUAAGUUAAAUAAAAAAGUGUGGGUAUGAAUGGAAGGAUGUGUGUAUGUGAGUGAGACUUAAUGCAGGGUCUCCAAAUUAGCUGACAGGAGAAAAGAAGUUCACACUUUCUCUGAAGCUGCCAUAUAGUGUACUGUUUCACAACCUACUGUAACACGUGUGACGUAACAGAUAGUGGCAGAUCAUGACAACAGCCAUUAUAUUACACUUAUGACCAGACAUUACCUAGUAGUGUAUGUGUUAUGGACAAUGAAAUGCGAAGAAUCUCAACCAAGAGUCAAAUGUUUUACAUGUGUUUGAUCCAUUGUCAGACUGUUUUACAUAGUGAAACAUUUGUCAGGAAUAAUGCCAUUAUAACAGCAUUAUAUAGGCAGCCUGUGACUGCGCCAUUAACAAUGAAGUUCUAAACUGAGCUGCUAUUUAAUUCUCAAAAUAGUUUGACAAGCUGAAAGAGUAAAUAAGUAACACGAUCCAUCCACCUUUUAUAUACUAUAAACUGAGUUGGUAUACAUGAGCCAGGAUUCAAUUCAAGACGCGUUAAAGAACAGCGUACUUGAACAGACUUUUUAAAGGUAAUUUGUGCUUAACCUGACAGGCCCGGUGUUUACCAUGAAUGCGAUCUAUGUGAAUGUCUGGGGGAAAUGCCUUUAAAAGGCGCAUUGUCGGCUGUUUAGUCCACUGCUCUAUAACGCACCCUUCCAAACAUCUUGUUUGGCACAGGUUCCUGCCAGAAACGAUUGAACCGAUAACUCUACUUUGUCUAAAACGCUCCACUAAAGCAAAAAGAUGGAUGUAGGCCUUCCUUGUGAAGAAGUAACGAUCCAGCCCCACUGAACAUAGAGUAGUUGCUUACUUCUGCAAUAUGGGCCAAUGUUUGCCUUUAACAGGCACAGACAGACACGCAUUCAAUAAAUGUACUGUUGUACAAUUAAGAAAGGCAAAAUGUCUGUGCUAUAGGAAUGUUAAAGAUGGAUCAUUGUUCCAUCACCAUUGCUGUACUGCAGAUGCUACACCAUGAUGUACACACAAGUGUUUUGGUAGGCUUACAGAUAUUUGUUGCAGGAGGAAGAGUAUUGUUUCUAAACACAUUUAGCAUUUGUAAAAAUCAGAGUUUAUCCUAAUGGAGAAGUGCUGUAUUUAAAUGUAUUUCCUAAAGUGCACUACUCUGGUUAAAAGUAGUGCGCUAUAUAGGAAAUGUGGUUCCAUUUGGAAUGCACUCCUUGUUUAAACGCCCACUUCAGAACAGCACCAAGAGACACUAAGAAGGACAUGGACUCCUCCCUCCCUCCCAGCCCAUGUACUUCAUGAUGUCCUCAUAAGUAGUUCCAUCCGCUUCAUAACUCCCACAAACUUCUUCAGGGAUAAGACAUCCUUGUGCUUCCAAACUCUGUGCUUUCAGAAGCAUGUGAUCUUUCCAAACUGACAUGGAUUAGACUUUUCUCGAGUUUACAUUUUUUCAUAAUCCCACUUUGAACAUUGCUUGUCCUUCACCCCCGGGUUAACAAAUGAACUACUGUGUUAUACCAUGGAAAUGGAUAUCUGACUGUUACUGUAUAUACACUUCUUUGUGAGAACAGAUAGAUUUCAGUUGAAGAGGUUGUCUUCCAGAAUAUCUGCUGCCAUUCCACCCUUUCGACCCCAUCUGAAUCAUGGCUAAAUGAAAACAAGUGUGUGACAUGAAGCCCAUAAUCUUUAACAAUCAUCUCAUAAUAAAAAUGUUUCCAUGGGACAUAUUUAACACACAAUCAUUUUGUCUUUUAUUACUGUGUUCUACAUUGCGGCCAAACCAUAUACAACUAAAUAAUAACUAACCAACUGACUAGUCAAACCCAAUGGGUUUGGGUUUGACUAGUCAAACCCAAACCCAUGUUUGACUAGUCAGUCAAACAUGGGUCUUAGCAACACCAUACACCUUAACUAUAGCAAUGCUGACCAGGAUGGAGUGGCGUCGAGGUGAAAUCUUUACUUAAUAUGUUUGCUUUAUGGACUCAUUUAUCUCACUUCAUUCAAAGAGGUUGUUGCAGCUCGAUCUAUUUGUUGUAUUUAUUUAUUUAUUUUUGAGGGCAAAUCAUAAUCAAUGAACUUUUUGUUAUUGAUGUCGUUGACAUUGUUGUUAUAGACGUUUUUAUUCUGAUACCCACUAUUUUUGUACUAUACUCUUAUUUAAUUAAAGUUAUUUUUUUCCCAUGA